CGUGAUUGCCAAAUUUUCCCCAGCUAUGAGCGUCCUAACCUCGAAACUAUCAUAAUUGUAGAAGAUAAGAAGCAUUUUUACUACUUCGUUUAUCUUGAUUGUUUCCUGUUUAUAUUUAAAGCUAGUAAUUAAAAUUGUAUAAAGAUGUUGAUCAAAGUCAAGACACUUACUGGUAAAGAGAUUGAGAUUGAUAUUGAGCCAACAGAUAAGGUUGAGCGGAUAAAAGAACGAGUGGAGGAAAAAGAGGGAAUUCCCCCCCAACAACAACGACUGAUAUUUAGCGGGAAGCAAAUGAACGAUGAAAAGACGGCACAAGAUUACAAAGUCCAGGGUGGCAGUGUUCUUCACCUGGUGCUCGCUCUCAGAGGAGGAUCUUAAUUUUUGCCCUAAGGCACGAGGACUGGUUCCGUUAAGCGAAGCUUACAAUAACUUACAUUUUAAUUUAAUUUAACGUAACGUUUCUAUCAAGAA